AUGACAGAGUCCAACCUCACCUACCUCAUCACCGGCGCCAGCCGAGGCAUGGGACGGGGUUUAUCAGCAGCCUUUUUAACACGACCAAAUGUCACUCUCGUAGCCGCAGUCCGCGACCCCUGCAACCCCCAAAGCAAGUCCUUAUCCAACCUACCCACUGGUCCCGGUCCUCGCCUCAUUAUCGACCCCGCUGCUGCCAUUUACAUUUUGCAGCACGAGCACGGCAUCAAUUAUCUGAACAUUGUCAUCGCGAACGCAGGCAUGAGCGAUGACUUCUCCCGAGUGGACAACGUGCCUAUUGACGUCUUCCGCGAUCACGUCGAGGCGGUUUAUCCCCUGCUUCUCAGGAGUGCCCGUCCUACUUUUGUUAGCAUUGGUAGCCCUCUAGGUAGUAUCGGUGGGAUGGAGCAACGUCCUUAUCCGUGUACCGCCUACGGGCUGAGCAAGACCACUCUCCAUUGGAUAGUCCGGAAGGUUCAUUUCGAGAAUGAGGGUUUCAUUACCUUCUUCGCUGAUCCUGGUGCUGGUGGCAUUGUCAAGCUUAUUGAUGGUGCCACGCGCGAGUCCAUGGGAGCCCAGUCCCGGGUCUGGGAUGGUACCGUGUUUCCGUGGUAA